GCGGCCCCUCUGAGGAUAAACUCCUGCCAGGAGACCAGAUCUUGGCCAUCAACGAUGAGGAUGUGAGUGAAGCCCCCAGGGAGAGAUUCAUCGAGCUUGUCAGGAACGCCAAGGACUUCAUCAUCCUCACGGUUCUGCACACCCACCAGUCCCCCAAAUCUGCUUUCAUCAGCGCAGCCAAGAAGGCAAAGCUCAGGUCCAACCCGGCCAAGGUCCGAUUCUCUGAGCAGGUGACGGUCGGCGAGACAGACCCAGACAUGUUGAAGAAAGAAGCUCUCCUCCUCAUUCCCAACGUGCUGAAGGUUUUCCUGGAGAACGGGCAGAUCAAAUCCUUCACGUUCGAUGGCCGAACCACUGUGAAGGACGUGAUGGUGACGCUGCAGGACCGCCUGUCACUGAGGCACAUCGAGCACUUUGCCCUGGUCCUGGAGUAUUCCAGCCCCGAGCAGAGCCACCGCUUCCUGCUGCUCCAAGACAAGCAGCCCCUGGCCCAUGUGGUGCAGAGAACACACUAUCACGGCAUGAGAUGCCUCUUCCGUGUGAGCUUCUUCCCCAAGGACCCGGUGGAGCUGCUGCGCCGGGACCCUGCAGCUUUCGAGUACCUGUACAUCCAGAGCCGCAACGAUGUGAUCAGAGAGCGCUUCGGCACAGAGCCCAAGCCUGAGAUGCUGCUGGGGCUGGCUGCCCUCCACAUCUACAUCACUGUCUCAGCCACCCGCCCCAGCCAGAAGGUGUCCCUCAAGAAUGUGGAGAAGGAGUGGGGGCUGGAGCCCUUCCUGCCCCCCUCGCUCCUGCAGCUCAUCAAAGAGAAGAGCCUCCGGAAAUCCCUCUCGCAGCAGCUCAAAGCCCACCAGCACCAGCCUGGGGGCACCAAGGUGUCCACAGCCCAGGCCAAGCUGCAGUACCUGAGGAUCCUGAACGAGCUGCCCACCUUCGCUGGGGUUCUCUUCAACACCGUGGGACUGCAGGAUGAGAAGCAGCCAGCCACCACCCUGCUGGUGGGACCCCGGCACGGCAUCAGCCACGUCAUCGACCUGAAAACCAACCUCACCACGGUGCUGUCAGAGUUCAGCAAGGUCAGCAAGAUCCAGCUGUUCAGGGAGAACCAGGGCGUGGCCCGGGUGGAGACCAGCAUCCUGGAUGCCAAGCCCCUGGUGUUGCUGAUGGAGUGGCCUGAAGCCACCAACUUCGCCUGCCUCAUCGCAGGCUACUGCCGGCUCCUGGUGGACUCCAAGAAGAUGAUCCUGUCCAGGGCCCCCAGCCAGCCACCCCCUCCUCAGAUUAUCAAGGCAGAUUACAUCAACGCACACAACUUCCAGCGGCCUGCCACGGCAGGGCACGUGGGAAAGAAGGAGAAUGGGCUGGUGGGUGGCUCUGCCACUGUCCCUGGAGCAGCCGGGGCUGCUGCCAGCCGGGACUCGGAGCUCAUCCGCUUCUGCUACCUGCACAUGCGAGAGCAGAGGAAGGAGAGGGAGAGCGCCACGGAUAUCAAUGAAAACCUGAUCUUUUUUGAGGAAACUCGUCCCAGGACCAAAUCUGACCCCACUUCCAAAAGCUCUGGCCAAGGCUACAACGGGGCAGCCAAGGAGUGCGACCCGGCUGGCCUCGAGCAGGAGAGGCAGGGCAGCAGGGCCAGGGCUCACACCAUAGAUCACCCUGAUCGACAGCGUGCAGCCACGGACCGUGCGGGACCACGCCCAGGAGCUGGAUGAUGCCCUGGUGUCCACCCUGCAGGCGCUGGAAGCCCUGGCUGCCUCAGAGGAUUGUCCACAUCCCCCACCACAGCAGACAGCAGGUCUUAUUGUCCUGGCUGCCAUCACUCCUGAGUCAUCCCUGGACUCUGGCCACGAGACGAACUCCUCAGAGCUGACCGAUGUCUCAGAGAUGGUCUCUGCCAUGAAGCAGCACCAGAACGCUGCCUACUUCCUCACCCAACACAUCAACAAAGAAAACCUCCUGGCCAGGAAGGACUUGCCUUUCCGAAUCCAGAGCUGUGCUGCCCAGGCUGUUCUCACCUCCCCCUACGCCCUGAGCCGCCAGGAGCCCUCACUGAAGCCAGCCUUCUCCACCCAAAGUCCCAGCCUUACCAACUGCAAGAGCAAGCAGGAGCAGCAGCCCAGGGAGCAGAGCUGCACCUUGGCUGCCCAGCCAGGGCUGAGCCCCCAGCUCAGUGAGCAGGGCAAGGGGGCUGCUGUGCCAAGCUCUGAGUGCAAAGCUGCUGCAGCUCACACAAAAGCUGCCUUUGAGGUAUCUCUGCAUGCCACAGCAGCCCCAAGCAGGGAGCAGGCACAGGAUCUACAAGAGAAGAUGCCCAAGGAGGUGCAGCCAAGCUCCAAGCUGCUCCUGGAUCAGAAGAGCAGUGUAGCUCCAGCCAUCAUUUCAGCUGCUCUGCAGCAGGUGGCAAAUGCAAAAGCCUCAGCUCCCCAAGUGGUAUCAGCCUUAAAAGAAGACCAGAACGUGAAUGGUACCAGCAGCAAGCCUUUGACACUUAAAGGAGGUCCACAAACUGCAGAGACACUGUGCAACUGUCAGCAGCAGCAGCAGCAGGUCUCUCCACAGCAGCACUGUGAAGUUUCUCCAAGUCCUAAGGAAGCUCCUGGCAGUCAGGCUGAAGCUUUCCACCUUGCCUCAGCAGGUGAGGAGAUGAUGCCCAGUAAGACUUUUGCCUCUAAAAGCUACCAGCAAAAAGUGAGUAGGGAUGCUGCAGGAAAAGCUGCGAGCGGAGAGACAGGUCAGAAGGCAGGUGGGGAAGCCACAAGCCUCGUCUUGCAGAAGCACUCAGCUCCUUCAAACCAAGGACAGAAAAUACAACAGGAAAGCUCGGCCAAAAUCUUAAAAGCUGAGAGCAGCAAUGUGCACUCUGCAUCACCUGGUAGCACUUUCAGGAGCACCAGUGAGGAAGCCAAAGGGCCAAUCCAGCUGAUGCCCAGAUCCGAGAGCCUGCAGAUUAGCACUGUGCCUUCCAAAAAAGUAGAGAAAGUCCUGGAGGUAACCCAGCAAGAUGCUGAUGUCCCAGCUAAACCCAAAGCCCCAAAAGCUCCCUUCAGGCUUAGGAACCUGUUCUCUGCAACGUUUCCCACACGGCUGAAGAAGGAGACGGACGAGCGGCAGGCCCAGCUGCAGAAGGUGAAGCAGUACGAGCUGGAGUUCCUUGAAGAGCUGCUCAAGCCAAAGAGCAAAGGUGACCUCCCACCACAGGAGUACCUGCACCCGCCUGCCCCUGGGCGCUGCAGCUGCCAGCUGAGGAGCAGUCCUGUGCAGAAAGUGCCAGGGAUGUCCAGGGAGCAGAGGCGCAGCUGCGACUGCAAGCGGAUUUGCAGGGGAAUGAGGCCACCCCCCAACCAGCUGGUGGUGCCAGAACUGGAGAGGCGAGGCAGGGAUAAAGCUGCAGAUGAGCAGAAGCAGGUGGAAGCCAUAAGGCUGACCAGCAUGAGCAGCCCUUCCAAAGGCAAACGGAUCCGAUCCACAAGUUUGGAGUCCAGAGACAACCGGUCAGACCCAGAGAACGGCAUGUCCUGUCUGACAACGUGCACCUCCCGCGGGGAGUGCAUGGGUGCACCCCACUACAGGAAGCUCUUGCGUCGCUACAGUGUCAGUGAAAUAGAUAAGACUGAAAAGACAUCCCUGUCCUCUGACGUCUACCAGAACAUCUACACAACCAAGCAGAAAGGCCCCCAGAAAGAGCCUGAGCCCAGCAUCCUCUGUCCUGUUCUGAAAAGCAAAAUCCAGGAAGCCACUGGAGUGGCUGACCCCUCCUACGUCCAGAUAGCACAGGACAAAAAGAGUCAGAAGGGUUCAGCAGUGUUCUCUGUCCAGGAGGAGAUGUACCCGAGUCCUGCUGAGCUGCGGGAUGAAGACAUGGAGGAUGAGAAGUGCUGCUCCAUCCGCUACUGCUUCUACUACAGGAAAUGCGAUGUUGCAGAUGAUGGGAGCGAGAAGGAUGAGCUGUCCUAUUCCAUCCCCAUGCAGAUACUCCCAGGAAUGAAGCUGGACAAUCAGAUGGUCCCAGUAAUGAGCAGGACUCUUCAGGUCCUGGACGCAACAGCCUGCAGCAGUCCCAACGAGAGCCAGACCCAGGAGAUAGAUUUAAGGACCUCCAGUUUUGAGGGGAGCUUGGCGAAGAUCAACACCCUUCGAGGCCAUGCCUACAGCUUCCCCAACGGGUUCCUGCAGGUGCAGCUGGACACCAACGAGCUCCUGACCAUCCUGAGGCAGUGUGUGCUGAGCCCCGAGGUGCGGGACUGCAAGCCCUACAUCUCCCAGCUGGCUGAGUACAAGCAGGAGCUGGCCCUCAAGUUCAAGGAGUUCCGGGCAUCCUGCCGCCGCGUGGCCGCCGUCGACAAGAGUCCCACCCACAUGCUGUCGGCCAUCACGAGCAGCUUCCAGGUGCUAAGCAGCCUCAUCGAGACCUUCGUGAGGCUGGUGUACGUUGUGCGCUCCGAGUCCCAGCGCCAGGAGCUGCUGACCAAGGUGGAGGAGGUGGUGAGGAACUACACCUUCCUCCUGAAGGCUGCCGAGGAGUCCACGGCCAGGACGCUGAGCCACCAGCACACUGUGGAGCAGCUGGCCCGCCAGUCAGCCACGGUGGCCACGGUCAUGAGCACCCUGACGCGCUCCCUGAAGACGCUGAUCAAUAAGUAAAGCCAGCUGUGAAGACCAAGGAGGCAGUGUGUGCCAGGCCACGCUCUCACAUCUCACAGGUCUGCUGAGGAUGCGGUGCCUGCAGGCCCACGCUGACCACGGUCUGCGGUAGCCAAGACACUCUUUGGUCUCUGCAGAAUGCAUGGUUGUGUUGGUGAGGGGUUUGAAGGGUGAAUCUGUGCCCUGUCACAAGCUGUGCAAUCUGCUGGUCCAGGGGCUCAAGCUGUGCAAUCUGCUUGUUGUCCCACACUGGCUCAUUGGUGACAGUGCUUGGGAGGUGCAGGCACCCCAUCCCCACACCAGUGUGGUUCCAUGGGGCUCUGGGCCUUGCUCCUGCAGACCUCUUUCACAGUUUGUGGUGGGCCAGUGAGCUAUCAGGAGCUGAGCUGAGAUCUCCUGGCUCCCCUUGGGCACUCUGGAGCCAAACCAGUGUCUUGCCACGUAAACAACUCUUCUGCCUCCAGGAUCUUCCUGGCCCACAAACACAACAUAAUCAGCAGCAGAUGGGAUCUGCUGCUGUGCUGGGACUUGGCAAGCAGUCCUAGCAGGUUAUGGUAGGUUGCCAUCAUGCUGGCACAGAGCUGGGCACCCUACUGGGCUCUGCUCUCACAGCUUAGGCCCCAGUGCUCCAGUCCUGAGCACAGGCACUGCCUGUGCCACUGGCAAGGGCUCAAUGCCUGCAAGGGGGGACAAUCCAGAGAACCACAGGACUGUCAGUCCGACCUCGGUGACAAGAAGGUCACAGAGCAGACGAUCAUGAGUGCCAUGCCAUGGCACACACAGGACAAGGGGUCAGGCCCAGCCAGCACAGGGGAAAGGCAGGUGCUGCUUGAGCAGCCUGGCCUGCUUCCAUGACAGGGUGACUCUCUGUGGGUGAGGGAAAGGCUGGAUUUUAGUAAAAAAUCUAACACUG